UUUCGGUCUCUCUCUCUUCUCGGUUUGGGCUCAAUCAAGCGGCUAAAACUUACUGGAGAGAUGAAACAACAUGAAAGCUCCUAGACAGAGAAACUCGAAAGUGAUCAAGGUUCCUAUAAAGGGCAGAGCAAGUAAAGGUAGCAUGGGAGAACAAAAAUCUACAAGGGGAACUACACAGCACUGUCAGAGAGAACCAGGGAAAGAUGACAAUGAAAAAGACAAGCAUUUAUCACCUUGCAAAGCAGCUAAAGGCUUGGAUUUGGAACUUUCUGAUGUACAGUUUCCAGAACCAACAGAGAAGCUGCGUGUUUAUGGCAUUCAUGGAGGGAAACCACUUCUUCCUCAUUCAAAGAUCAAAUUGCAGCUUUUUCCUGUAAAUGAAGGCAUUCGAAUAGGAUUGGUAAAGGAUGGAUUUCAUCCGUACUUGGAACUCACUCUUAGAGCACGGAAGAAGAUCUCUUCUGUUUUAAAUCACCUUAUUAGCAAAUGGGGCAGUUCAAGCGCUGCUCUUGGUGAGCUGGUUUUGUUCCCAUAUAGGAUACAGGACAGUGUAUCUAGUAACAGAAGAUGGACACUGAAUGAUGGCGACAUCUGUGCUGGAGAUGUCUAUGCAGCUAUUGGAAGCCCUGAAGUUUUUCGCUUAAGGUAUGGUUGGUUCUCUAAUCAACAUAAAUCAUCUGACAAGCCUUCUACAUCAGUUAAUGACAAGGUUGACUUACAGUCUAAAGGCAUAAAGAGAGAUACUAGCACCCCUGCAGAGAAUGCAUAUGAAGUAGAUGGUAAACAUGUGGUUGUUGAUACUGAAACUAACUUAAGCAUUGGAGGCCUCCUUUCCGAAGCAUCCUUACAGGCCAGGUGCAAUAAUGGAAAUAAGAACCAUAGGGAGAAGGCUAAGACCCCGCAUCCCCUGGACAAAAAGAGUGAUUCAAAAUCAUUUGAGUUGUGGUCUGAUUGUCCAUCUAUAAGCAUUGGUGGUAUCCUGUCUGAAGUAUCCUUACAGGGAAAAGUCAAUCGUUUUGUUGCGCAAUCAAAUGUGAGCAAUCCAAGCUUGCAGCCAGGUCAUUCUAAAUAUGAUAGUCCUCAAGGCACUAGGCAAUCCACUCAUGAUCCAUGCUUAUCAAUUUUGGAUGCUGAAGAAACCUGUCAUGCAUUUCCUUCUCAAAAGCUUUCUCUGGGAAAAGAUGUUCUGGGUUUUGAUGGAAGUUGUGGAGGUUCUAGCCAGAACUCUGGUUUCAAAUUAUUCAAGUUUCCUCUUCCAGCCAAGGCUAAUAGAUUAGAUGAGCUUCCGCAAGACCCUGCUCAGCAAGAAUCUAAUACAGAACGGAUGAAUUUUUCAUAUAUGAACAAUGAUGAACGGAGCCUUGGGCUAUCUGGCAUCAAAUGGACGGACUCUUUGGGACCCUUUGAUCUUGGCCUGCCAGUCUCCCAGAAGCUCUGUAAUGCAGAGAGUACAAGCAUCAGUGGAUUUGCUAAGUAGCCGUUGGAGAGUAAGGGACCCUUUUGAUGGAGAUUCCAUAUCAAGGGAUUAAUGACAUCAUGAGGUUAAAGUGCUUGAAAAAACUGCUAUACAAACCCAUAUAUGUCAAGAUUUGAAAUAGAAGAAUAAGAAAACAGUCAAUUUCCUAAUGAUUCAUUGCAUAUAGUUUUUUCAAGUCCAUUUCAAACGCAUGGCUUCUAGUCAUAUCAAAUAUGUCCUAUCUACUGUUUUGAAUUGAAGCUUAGACUGGAUUGAUCAGUACUUUCCAAUAUGCAAUAUUUUGAAAUAGAUGUAGAGAAAUAU